AUGGCAUAUAUUAGAUUCAAUAUAGUUAAUUUUUCCGUUUAUUUCAAAGGGAUUAUGGAUGGCUUCAAUAAAAAGAAAGGUAGAUUAAUUUUAAAUGUAAAAACAUAUGGUGAGGAUUAAUUUUGAAUGAUGAAUUAUUUAAGUUAGAUCUGAAAUAUGAGGAUGGAGGAAUAUUUUAUGUCAAUUUUAGAAAUGGAUAUAAAGGUAAACUUAAAUUUAUUAUAUCUGAAUUCAUUGAUUUAAUAUUAAGUUUUAUAUGCGAAGGAAGUGAAAAUUUGAAAAGGAUAAUUUAGAAAUAAAUCAAAUGA